GACAGUCUCGUUUAGCGAACAGAGAUGCGAAAGAGAAUCGACAGUCGGAAGAAACACGAGGGAAGGAAUUGUCAUUAUUUUUCUAAAAUCAACUUUUCGCUCGCAAAAUAUGCAAACGCAACUGAUAAUAUCGUAAUGUGUAGUUUGCAAAUAAAUUACGACGGUCGUUUUCGUGUUUCCUAGCUGGCAUUCAACAGAAUUACGGAGCUAAUAGCAUAAAGCGAAAAAAGCGUGUGUAAUUGUGUUAGUGUGCGUGCGUCGGUUUAGCUGGUUGGUGUGUUGGCCGAAAGCAGUGAAACGAAAACUGAAGACGAAAAAAAAAAUAAGAAAAAGAACAAAAAGAAGUACCUUGUAGUCGCGCGGGCAACGAACGUUCACCGUUAUUGAAGGACGACGAGCAGUCGCUGAACGGACGCUGGCAGCGGCAGCCAUAAGAAAAACGUGUAGUCGACCGGGCGGAGGAUCUCGAAGAUUGCGCAAAUGUACAACAGCUAGCUGUAAAGCGUGUGCGCGCGUGUGUGCUGUGUGCGUGUGUGUGUUGGUGCGUGUCUGGAUUCGAGUCCGCGCAACACGCCCGCCUACGCCACAUAACAACAACAACAACAAAACGAAUCGAAUGCUUUCAUUUCCUUUUCGCCACUCCCCCCAUUGUCCCGCUGCAAGCGAUUUAAUUUAACGCGCUAUUGCCUACUCCCACCAUACAACCCCGCCCAACCUAACUUGACGUCCAUUAUCAGAGUUUCGAGGGAGCGCAGCGUAAAAUCCUCCAAAAUUCCUCCACAAACACCUACCAGUGCGAGCGCCAUGCCCGUCUCGUUGGCUGUGUGCGAAACAGCAAAUGUCGUGAAUGCCGCUUUGCGCGAAUCGCUUGGCGGCGGCUGCGUUGCAGCGGCCGCAGCUGGUCGAUCCGGUUCCGGCUCUGGUUCCAAUUCCGCUGCUGCUGCUGCUUCUGCCGAUGAAGCCAAAAUUGGUGAUGCUUCUACCACGGAUAACUUGCAGAGUCAAAUUGUGGCCAAUGCUAAGCGCAUAUUGCUGGCCAAAAUCGAAUACGAAGAGGUGGAGAAUUACCAUGAAUCUGUGUUGGCCAAACUCAAAACAAAAUACAUUGUCAUAAAGCCGGAUAACAAUAUAGUUGCCAACUGUAGUUACAAAACUAACGGUAGUAACGCUGGUAAAGCGCUCAGCUCCAACGGGCAUGACAAUACUAAUGGUGUGAACGGCAGCAGUGCUGCCACUGUGAAUGGCAAUCGUAAACAGACAGUGGAUCAGUCCAAUCAGAGUUCCACAACGAAUCCCAAUGAAUUGCCUAAGCCCAAACGGGUGCUGUACCCACGCGAGAACAUCCGCAUCGGAUGGAAGCAGUCGGAGAGGAAGUGGCAAGUGGGGUCUGGAAUGCUGAAUGUAGGCAAUACGUGUUACCUCAAUUCGACGCUGCAGGCUCUCUUCCACAUACCAGCGCUGGCUAAUUGGCUCGUCUCGGAGACGUCUCAUUUGGAGAACUGCAAUAUUAGUGAGUCUUGUGGUGGCGGUGGCUGCAUUAUCUGUGCGAUGGCCAAGACAUUGCAGACAACACAAUCCAAUCAAUCGGCCGUUCGACCAUUUCUCAUCUACACAAAGCUAAGGCAAAUAUGCAAACACAUGGUCGUUGGCCGACAGGAGGAUGCCCAUGAGUUUUUACGCUUCCUGGUCGAAGCCAUGGAGAAAGCGUAUUUGAUGCGAUUUCGCAAUUACAAAGAACUUGAUCAGCUGGUGAAAGAGACGACACCGUUGAGUCAAAUCUUUGGUGGCUAUUUGCGUAGCGAGGUGCGCUGCCUUAGUUGCAGUCAUGUCUCGAUUACGUUUCAACAUUUCCAAGAUCUGUUGCUGGACAUACGCAAGGCGGAUACCCUGGAGGAGGCCUUCGAUGGAUACUUUUCACGUGAGCGUCUCGAAGACAUGGGCUACAAGUGCGAGGGCUGCAAGAAAAAGGUCUCUGCUACUAAACAAUUUAGCUUGGAGCGUGCUCCAAUUACGCUCUGUAUUCAACUGAAGCGCUUCUCGAUGAUGGGCAAUAAGCUGACCAAACAGAUUAGCUUCAAGCCACGCAUAGACCUCAGCCGAUUCGCAGCACGCAGCCCAACGGCAGCAAACCAGCCUUUGAGCUAUCGUCUUGUAUCUAUGGUCACACACUUGGGCGUCUCUCAGCAUUGUGGUCAUUACACGGCCAUAGGGCUUACGGAGGCAGGAAGCUAUUACAACUUCGAUGACAGCUAUGUCAGACCUAUUGCAAUGCAAAGUGUCUGCAAUACGAAUGCGUACAUCAUGUUCUACGAGUUAGACGUAGCCAGUAGCUGUAUUAAUAACAUCAGCAACUGUAAUACUACUGUACCCAAGCUGAACGGGCUGCGUCUCACCAAUGGACAGCAUAGCCCGGCGGCAGCUACUGUGGCUGUGGCAGCCACGGCCACAUCAACAUCCGCCUCUGCUGUGUCUCCGCGUUUCAUUGGACCACAAUUACCUAAUGGAUAUGCCAAUAACAACGGGCAUGCACUUGGAGGUGCAAAGACUUCAAUUCAGUUCAAGUCUACGCCACAGAAGCAGACACAACAGCAGCCGCACCAGCAACAAAAUGGUCUUCUAAUUGGGGCCAAUAAAUUUCAGGAGUCUGCGCAAUCGAAGCAUUCACUGGUUGGGGCAUUGCAUAAGGGAGACACUGCUGCAAAUGCAAAUUCAAAUGCAAAUUCUAAUAAAAGUUCCUGCAACAACAAUUUAACAACCAAUAGCCAAAACCAGCAACAACAUAUUCUGCCAAUAUCAUCCGAUGAGGAGGAUGAGGAGGAGGACAGUGACGAUGAUGUUGAUGUGAAAGCCAACACAGCGCCACAGCUGCCGAGCAUGCCCAAAAUGUUUGAAGAUAACGAGAAUGUUGCCCAAACUGCCAAGUUGAAGCCAAAGACGCCACUCAAGAGCCUGGUGCCGUAUGAGUCCGCCUCUGAGGAGGAACAGGAUCAACAGCAACACCAUCUGCUAGUGCCACAGCAACAGGCAGCUAAUCCACGCAAGCGACGCAGUGGCGCUGAUUCUAGUGAAUCAGAGGACGAAACACCAUCAAUUCUGCGUAAUGGACAUGCCAACACCAACUGCAACAGCAACAGCAAAUCCAAGUCCGCCUCAAACGCCUCGUCGGCCAAUGUUAACAGCAACAAACAAAAGACUGAUGCCAUAGACGAGAUAUUUAAAAGUUUAAACAACUACAAAAACAAACACAGAGCCACAACAGUAGUAGAUUCAACUGCUAAUGACGACGAGGAUGAGGAUGAGCAGCAGCAGGUCACAAAAAAGCUAAGCAACUCCUCCAGUUUGAUCAGCAACAAUGGCUGGCAGUCACAAAAUGGCAAAGCGCCACCUUCGCCAAAGACGCCGCCUUCACCAGCAGUGAUCAAAUCCAAGACUGGCAUUUGGCAGAUAACGCGCACUGAUGAUAACGAUGAUGAUGAUGAUGAGGAUGAGGAUGAUGAUGCUGAUGCUGAUCAGGACGAAGACGAUGAAGUCAUUGUUGUGGAAGAACAAACACCGAGCGCCACGGCUAAAAAUCUUAAUAAUCCAUUUGCCGUCAGCAAAGCGACAGCAGCAGAUGCCACACCUGGAGCUAAGCGCCAAAAACUGCUAAAUGGUAGUGCCAAGGCGCCGCAGACGCCGCGCAUCGGUAAUGGCUAUCAAAGUGAGACUAUGGCCAAUGGCAAUGCAGUCAAUGAGCUGUUAAAGCAGACCCAUCGUGGUUAUGGCAGUUCAGUGCUCAGUUGGAAUGGCAAACCCUCGGAGCUGGACAAGGAGUUGCUGGCAGAGGCACGCGAGCAGCGGAAGCGUGAUGCGGAAGAUGACGAGGAGAAUGAAAUGGAUCGGGGACGUCAGCGCAAGGUUAAAUCGGCGUCGGUCAAAUGUAAUAAUGGCACCCCCGGCUACAAUCCAUUCCAGGAGUUUGAGAGCCAGAAGCGCUGGAACGGAAACAAGUCUGGCUCUUUUCCCCGCUUCUAUCAAAAUUAUCGACAGAAUUUUCAGCAGCGCAAUAAAUUUAAAUACAAUCGAUUUGGCGGCGGUGGCGCCAAGUUUCAACAGCAGCGUGCCUUGCAGCGUCAUCUGGCGUCUGGCGGCGGUUUCACGCGCCGCCAACACCAAUCGACAGGCCAUCAACAACAACAGCAGCAGCAACAAUCGUAACUGGACGUUGAGCAAUGCGUCCCAUUAGUUGUUGCUGCUGUGGCCGUUGCCCAGCAGGUGGCAAACGGGUUCGCUUGGAUUUUACACGAGUUUUGUAAACAUUUUUUAACUGCUGAUGCAUAUAUUAGGACUAGGACAUGUAAGCUAUAAGCUAGAGCAACCUCUACCAAGUUUAAUUUGUAAACGUGUUUGGCAUUUUAUUUAUUGUGUUUAUUUUUAAAUGAGAAUUUUGGAAUAUACAUGAUUUAAACAUGAUGUCGCGGGGGGCUGUAAACAUUUUCAAAAAGUGUUGCUACCCCACAAAAAAAAAAAAAA